CAUGACUCCGGCUUGCUAAGACAAGGCCCAGGUAGUGUUAUAAUCAUAAAGUCCAGGUAGACAGUUUUAGCCAUGAGAAAAGCUGAGGUGCAAAUGACCCUGAAAAAAGGGGCAGAUGAAGCAGUGGCACCACCAAGUCCCAUCAUCCCCCCAAAACGGUCCAAAGCGAGCCCAGACCAGGUUGUCCCGGAACCUCAAGGACCUGGUUUCCACACCCCAACCCCGCCGGUUUUUACACGGAAAAUGAGGAACGCUGCUGUGGGGACAGGCUGUGACAUCCGUCUGAAGGUGACUGUGGCUGGAGAUCCGCAGCCCUCCCUGUAUUGGUACCAUAACGAUGAACUCCUCAACAUGGAGAACCAAGAGUACGGAGGGCUAUGGAUUAGGGAUUGCAAACCGAGUGAUGCUGGUCUCUACACCUGCAUUGCCAACAAUCACCUGGGAGAGGCUCGGAGCAGCGCUGUGCUCGCUGUACUGGAUCUGGGUGAAGAUUCUGAAACAACAGAAGAUGAAGGUGGAGACCAAUAUGAGACCAAAGAAGAUAGCGGGGGCGUUGAGGACCAGGCUGUGCCUGCAGUGAUGGAAAAAUGUGCUGAGGAUGUCAGUAAAACACAUGGAAAUGAAGAUCACUCUAACAGGAGCCAGUCUGAGGAUUUUUCAAGAGAAUCUCCCACACAAGUUCUCCCACCCCCAUCUCCAAGACUGGUCAAACGCACCUCCACCUCUCCAAUGCCAAGUCGCUCUGGUUCAACUACUCCUCUUAGCUUGCGGAAGAAAAUCAUUGUGCCAACUGAAUACCAAGACACAGUGCCUGGGGAGUUUGAAGAAAAGGUUAAGCAGCCAAAAUCUGUGUCCCAAAGUAACACCCAAGAUUCCCGACCACAGACUCCACUGAGUGAAUAUUCCAAGAAAGAAUUUACUCUUAGACCCUCCCCAAAGCUUACAAGGGCUAGUUCAAAGGUUUUUGAGAAGGUCCGUGACUUAGAGGAGCGGAGACGGAGUCUUGAUAUUCCAGAAGGUUCCAUUUCGGGAAGAUCCUGGGCAGGAUUCAAUCGGGCCGGAUCUGUAGAUUCAGAUGAUGGAGGAAGCCGGUUGGGUAUCUCUAGAGAAAGUUCAAGGGAAGAUCUUAGAGAAGCUCUAAAAGAAGAUGCUGCUGAACGAAGGUCUAUGUUUAAACAAAGAGCUGCUUCGCUGGAAGAGAAACCUCGCUACUCUCAAAAAGUUCAGGACAUUGAAAACAAGUUCACUGAGGAGCUCCAACGCAUUAAAAAGCUUGUUGGUAAACCUCAUCUGAAGAAAUCCUUUUCAACUGAACAGCUAACCCUGAAGGUCAAGCAGCGCCAGCCUUUUAGGAAAAUUGAACCUAUUCCUCCUCAGGUCCUGCAAAAACUCCAAGAAAGGGAACGAGUCCAGUGGGCAAAAGAACAGAGAGAAAGGGAACUAAGUAAGCAACCAAUGCAGCAACAGCAGCAAACAGAGCAAGAGCAGAAAUCUCAACCUCAAAAGACAGCAAACACUGGUUUAACAGCUGUACCAGUUAGUAGAGUUGGAGAAGUUGCAGGCACCCCAGAGUCAAUGCAGUUAUCUGACUUACCAGGACAACGAUCGGUGAGAGAAUUCAAUAGAGUCAGUCCAGUUACAGAAAUUAUUCAGCGAUCAUCAUCACCAGCAAUAUAUAAUCAACACAGGGAAGAUUCACCAAGCAGAAAUGUUACAGAGAUGACACUGCGCAAAGUUGAACGAAGGCCACCGAGUCCUCUUGUACAAAGGGUAUCUCGAAUGCAAGAAUCCCCACACAUCCAAGAGUCUCCUGUACAAACAUCGCCAAAGGAUGAGACUUCGGGGAGAAAGACACCAAUAGAAGUCGCAGUAAGAAAAAUUGAAAACAGACCCGAGAGUCCUCUGGUACAAAAAAGGCCCAUCAUUGUGCAAGAUCUUGCUCCUUUAAAACCCCCAAGAAUAUCACCAAGCUCUCCAACAGAGGAGAAAAUGGAAGUGGAACUUUCUAAACCAAUCUCUAAGAUUAAGGUACCUACAAUUAUUGUUGAAGAUGAAAAAAUGGAAGAGGAUGUUCCUGUAAGCACAAGUGAGCCUAAACAGAAGCGUCCUGGUGCCAAAGAGGGACACCAGCAAAAGUCCAGAGGAAAGAACCGUCGUACACGACCAUUGUCUCCAGAGUUAGAUUCUUCAGAUGAUUCAUAUGUGUCUGCCGGAGAAGACCCCAUGGAGGCUCCUGUGUUUGAGUUUCCCCUCCAGGAUACUGUAGCAUCUGCUGGUGCAGAUGUACUGCUAAGAACUAUAAUUGCUGGAACCCCUAGUCCUGAAGUUACCUGGACUAAAGACAACACUGAGAUCACUGGAAUUGCAAAUUAUGCAGUCAAAGUGGAGGGUGAACGACAUAGUCUUCUCAUCAAAUCAGCUAAAAUAAGUGACGGGGGAAGAUACUGUGUAACUGCUGUUAAUCAGAUGGGAAGAGCUUCAAGCAGUGCCACUCUUAUAGUUAAAGCAGAUUCUGUGCAGGAACCAAAGGGAAACUUGGGUGUUCCUAUGGAUAUCAGCAGCCCUAUUACAUCUGAUGAAGAGUAUCUCAGCCCCAUGGAAGAAGUCAUGGACUUUGGAGGGCCAGAGCCAAGGCGGACUAUUGACACACGUUUUAGGAAUCCCCCUGCAUUCUUGGUAACAAUGAAUGAUCAAGCCGUCAUUGAGGGACAGGAAGUCACCAUGUCUGUCCGAAUAAGUGGACAACCCAAACCUAUGCUGUAUUGGCUGAGGGACAGAGUGACGGUAAAAACAGGCCCACAUCACAUUGUACGUGAGACGAAGGAUGGCGCCUUUGAAAUGACAAUCAAGUCGGCAGUGAAGUCGGACUCUGGAAUUUACACUUGUAGGAUUAUUAAUGAGUAUGGGACGAAGCAGUGCGAAGCAAAACUGGAGGUGAAAGCACCACCAGUGGAGCCAGGUCUCGCAGUUAUCCGGGCAGUCAGGGACAUCACAGCCAAGGCUGGAGAGACUGUUUUGUUUGAGUGUCACGUCAUUGGACCAAAGGACACGGAUGUGGACUGGCUUGCAGAUGGGAAACUGAUCCAGCCAGCAUUGCUCAACUGUAAAAUGCACUUUGAUGGAAGAAAGUGCCGCCUGCUGCUUAACUCUGUACAUGAAGAUGACAGCGGAACAUACAUGUGCAAACUCAGCACAGCUAAAGAGGAAGUGACCUCAUGUGGCAAACUCAAAGUCAUCCCCUCCCUUGAACCUCUCUUUACUCGCAAUUUGGAUGUUUUGGAAGUAAUUGAGGGCCGCAAUGCUCGAUUUGACUGCAAAGUCAGUGGGACGCCGCCUCCUAAAGUCACCUGGAGCCACUUUGAUCAUCUACUUACAGAAAGUGAAGACAUUCGUAUUCUUCAGGAGGGUGGCCGCCAUUCUCUCGUUAUUUCUCACGUGACCAGCGAUGAUGAGGGUUUCUACACUGUCAGAGCCCGUAACAGUCACGGCGAAGCAGAGAGCUCUGCUGAACUGUACAUACAGGAACCGCGUCCAGCCAUCUCCUCACAGAUGGCUAAAUUGGAGAAAAUGCCCUCCAUACCUGAAGAGCCAGAGGUCCCAGAGAAUGAGGUGGAGCGUUUCACCAUGCCUGACUUCAUCAAACCUCUUUAUGACCUGGAUGUGAUUGAGGGAAAGGAGGCUGUGCUCAAAUGCAAAGUGGCUGGUUUGCCAUAUCCAACUAUCGCCUGGUUCCACAAUGGAAAGAGGAUUGAAAGCACAGAGGACAGAAAGAUGACACAGUUUCGUGAUGUUCACAGCCUGGUCAUCCGCUCUGUGUGCCAUGCCCACGGUGGUGUCUACAAGAGUGUCAUCUCUAACAAAGUUGGGAAGGCCACCUGCUAUGCUCAUCUCUACGUUACAGACAUUCUCCCUGACCCACCCGAUGGGACUCCAGUCAUAGAAUCCAUUACUGGCAAAACCAUCACCUUGAGCUGGAAGAAACCAAGGAGGCUGGACCCUUCCAUUGAUCCCAGCUCUUUGAUGUACGCCAUCCAACAGCAAGCCUUAGGCUCCAUUCAGUGGAUCAUCAUAGCUUCAGGCCUGAAGGAGACAACUUACACCAUCACAACACUCUCCAAAGGUGUGCGCUAUGCUUUCAGGGUACUCACCAUCACCUCCAAGGCUUUCAGCAAGCCCUCGCCAGCUACUGACCCAGUGCAGCUCCUGGACAGAGGUCCUUAUCUGCAGGAGGCUCCAGUGAUUAUCGAUAAGCCAGAAACUGUAUAUGUGAUGGAAAACCAGUCGGUCACUAUCUCGAUGACUCUCAAUCAUGUUAAUGCUUCAGUCAUCUGGAAAAGGAGAGCAGUGGUCCUUGCCAACAAGCCAGGCCUGUAUGAGAUGACAAUGCCAGAUGACGACCAGCACACGCUGAAGCUGCUGAAAGUGAAGAGCACUGACGUCGGGGAGAUGGAGUUUGUGGCCUCCAAUAAGUAUGGCAGUGACAGCUGCAAAUUCAUUGUGGAGAUGGCAGCUCCACCAACAUUUGAGACCAUUAUGGAAGAUUUGGAUGUUUGUGCUGGGGAUAGCCCUCGCUUUGCUGUGGUCGUGGAGGGCAAACCCAUCCCUGACAUCUUGUGGUUCAAGAAUGAUAUCCUGCUGUCAGAGAGCAGUCAUUACACGUUUGUGUACGAUGAUAAUGAAUGCUCCCUGGUGGUCCUAAAUGCUCGUCCAGAAGACUCCGGGGUUUACACCUGCACUGCAAGGAACUUAGCUGGAUCUGUAUCCUGUAAAGCCGAACUCACCAUUCAUGAAGCUAAAAGUAAAGAAGAUCCCAUGGACGAUGAGGAAACUAUUCUAAGGAAAAUGCGCCGACUGACUGAUUACUAUGACAUCCACAAGGAAAUUGGAAGAGGUGCAUUUUCCUAUGUGAAACGUGUGACUCAGAAGGCAGACAAGAUGGAGUAUGCUGCAAAGUUUAUCUCCACGCGGGCCAAGAAGAAGACAUCCGCUCUGAGAGAGAUGAAGCUGCUUUCCAAGCUGGACCACGAGAGAGUGCUUUACUUUCAUGAUGCCUUUGAGAAGAAGAAUGCUGUUGUCAUAGUCACUGAAAUAUGCCAUGAGGAGCUGCUUGACAGAUUUACAAGAAAAUCUACAGUAAUGGAGUCUGAUGUUCGUUCAUGUAUUAGACAACUUCUUGAAGGCUUGGACUACCUUCAUCAUUUGAACAUCAUACACCUGGACAUCAAGCCUGAAAACAUCCUCAUUGUGGACCCCCAUGGUGAUCAAAUCCGACUCUGUGAUUUUGGCAAUGCCGUGGAGAUCACACCUGAUGAAGCUCAAUACUGCAAAUAUGGCACACCAGAAUUUGUUGCACCAGAAAUUGUCAAUCAGAGCCCCGUGUCAAAAGCAACAGAUAUAUGGCCUGUUGGAGUAAUAGCAUAUCUGUGUCUGACCGGUGUAUCUCCAUUUGCUGGCGAGAAUGAUCGCAGCUCUGUACUGAACAUCAGAAACUAUAACGUGGCUUUUGAGGAGAGCAUGUUUGCCGAUCUUUGCCGAGAAGCUAAAGGGUUCAUCAUAAAGCUGCUGGUGGCUGACAGACUACGACCAGACACCCAGGAAUGUCUCAGACACCCCUGGUUCAAGACCCUUAGUAAGGGGAAGGCCAUAAGUACAGAGGCCUUAAAGAAAUUUGUAUCUCGCAGGAGGUGGCAGCGUUCUCUGAUCAGCUAUAAAUCAAAAAUGGUCAUGAGAUCCAUACCCGAAUUGCUAAAUGAUUCCUCCAGCCAUGUUUCCAUCGCAAUUCCCAGGCACCUUAAAGAGGGUUCGCCACCGCCAUCAUCUUCUUCUGAUUCUGAUGAGGACAUUGAUGAACUACCCUUUAUUCCAAUGCCACUUAACAUGGACUUCUCUGGAUCAAGGAUGUCACUGAAUGACAUUCAGACCAAUGAGCAGGAGGCAGGGAAGCAGAACAGAGCAAAUAACUGGAAAAGAUUAUCACAACCCAAUGAAAAGGGUUCUUCAGAUGAGGAAGAAUCACCUGCUGAAUUGCCCCAAAAAUCAGAGUUAUCUAGAAAACCACUGAGACGGGGUUCAAGCAUGGAGUCAGACAAACCAGAAGGUGGACGACGAAGAGGAGAGCUAAGGCGUGGUGGCUCAGCUGAUAGUGCAUUGAUGCUUCGGAUUACACCAGAAGCACCUGGAGAAGGAAGUCAAGAUGAUGGCAGAAGAGUUCUGAAGAAAGCUGUCUCUAUGGAACUACCAAAAAGGAGCACCAGCCCAGGAACUGCCAAGAUGAGUCAAGAAGACUAUGCUCUCAAACUGGAGCUGAUGAGGCAACGACUGCUUCGUGGUGGCUCUGUGGACAACAAGAUGAGUGGACUGAGAGGACCUCUGUUAGAAACAUUAGGAAUGGGAGAUGAAAAACGUGCAGUGUCCUCAGAUCGGUAUUCUCGUACGGUCCGUUUGGGCCCACCUCCACUAACAAGAGCUGCAUCCAGUGAUUUCCCAAGGGAUGAAGUUCCUAAACCAAAAGUUUUGCGCAAAAGCACUUCUUUCAGUCAGGGGGAUUCAGAACCCAUACCUUUACACCGCCGUUCAGGAGCUCCUCUGGAGAUUCCCUUGGCACAGAUAGAAGAGAGAAGGCUCAAGGAAGCUAUAUCUAUGUCAUCUCUAACAGAGCAAACCAAGCUAGACUCCCGCCCAGUUACUCCCAGGGAGCCUUCACCAAAACCGCCAACACCAGAGUCGGUUUUGCAGGAAAGUCCAACCAAAACUGAGAGUGAGGAAUCGUUUAUGGAAAAAGAGAUAAAACCAGAUGAGACUAUAAGUGAAAAGAUGGAAGGGCUGACCACAGAUAGUAAUUUUGAUGAGAGAUCAAGCACCAGUGGAUUCUCAGAGAAGGACAUGAGUAUUUCAGAAGAACCAAUGAUGGAAUCAGAGUCUGUAGGUCAGAGAGCUCCUACACCUCCUUCUAUGGUCCAAAGCCCUAUGUUAGAAGAGAAAAUGGAAGAGGAAGAAGAGGUAGAAAAGAACCAUGAAGAAAAGGAAGAGUUAAUGAAAGAAGAAGAGGAAAGAGUUGAUACUGUCACUGAAUCAAACGCUAAGGAAAACGUAAAGGUUGCUAUAGAACAUGUAGAAGAGAAAGAAACUAUUCCUGAGAAAUCUUCUGAGGUGACAAUAACCACAAGCUCAUUUAUGCUGAGACCAACACAAGAAUAUUCCAUUUCCCCAGGAAAAGUUGUUUCAACGUAUGUAACACCCUCGCUUCCUGCUCGAGUUGUUCUGCCAGAUGGAAGGACUUCAGCAUAUGCCAGUAUUAUGCAGACUAUGAUGGUCCCCACACUUCAGCCACUCAGUGAGCCACCGCUAGGCCCUUCUACACCUGUUGUUACUCCAACAAUUUCAUCAUCCCCAGUAUCAACUGGUAUAUCUUCCCCUGCCAGCUCUGAAAUACCUGGUCCACCAAAGCCAGCCACCAUUUCAACCACUGAGCACCCUGCUGUAUAUUCCAGAGUAGCAUCACCAGAAAUGAUAACAAAAGAACCCAGUCCACCCAAGACUGUUACACAUUCUUCAGCCCAAGAAGGGCUUUCAGCAGGAGCAGACCUACAGGAUAUCACCUCUGAAGAGGUCUUUGAGGCACGCUUUAAAAAGCGUGAAUCUUCUCUCACCAGAAGUCUGAAGUUUCUGUCACGCUCAAAGCAAGAUGAUGGAUUACAAGCUACUUCAGAUUCCACAGAGAAAGGCGAAGAGAUAUACAGACCUGGGCCAACUGGUGCACCUUUAGAAUUAAAACCAAGAAGACUUGAGGAGAAGUCAAAGUCAGUCCAGGAUCUUCGCGAAGCUCAAAAGGACCAAGGCUUUAUGAGAAGGCUCUCAAUGCGCUUGAAGAGGACUCCAUCAACAGAGCGCAAAGAGGAAAUGAUGAAGGAAGAUGAUUCUCUUGCCUCAAGACCUAGGCUUUCUUGGACACUUGGCCGAAGAGGAUCUCAGGAAAAGAAAGAAGUCGAGAUGUCAAGAAUGGAUGGGGGAGCUGACAGGUUGGUGGAAAAUGAUGAAAAAGAGAUUAAGAAACCAAAUGAAUCACCAGUGUUGGCAAUGCGCAGGAAAAUUGAAUCAACAGUUGCUGGGAUCUCUACAAGAAUCCGCAGCUACUCAGAGGAGAGAAGAGCAUCAGAAGAAAAGGAACCCAAGAGGACACCCAUUCUUUCCAUGCUUCGUCGUUCAACAUCAGAGAGCCGUGCAACGAAGGUUCCUCAGAACCAGCUAGCAUCUCAGGCCACUAAUGGCACCUCAACCGAGUCUCUAGAGUCCAUGUCCAGCCUAAAAUCAGACACAGCAAAGGCAGGCUUGGAGGCUGAGCGCAGAUCUCGCUGGGAUCGAUGGGGCCUGACUAGAGGGAGGCGAGAUAAGACAGUAUCACAGCCUGACAUACCCACAGCAAUCUCCAGAGAUAGUAGUUCCUUACGUUCACGCCAAUACUCCAAACUGGCUUCUGAUUUCCCUCCAGUAUUCCAUAUCAAACUGAGAGAUCAUGUGCUGCUGGAGGGAGAUCCAGUGACACUCAGCUGUUUGCCAGCUGGAAGUCCCCACCCACACAUUACCUGGAUGAAAGAUAAGAAGCCCAUAGAGAUUGAUGCCAGGAUGAAUAUGAUUGCUUGCCCUGAUGGCCGGCAGCUGCUGAUGAUCAUGCAGACCACCAAAAAGGACGCAGGGGUCUAUGAAUGUGUGGCUACGAACCCGCUGGCCUCAGUAUCAAGCUCUUGCACAAUAUCUCUUGCACGCCUGCCCAACCGUCCUGGGACCCCAGAGAUUCCUCAGAAGUACAACAACACUGCACUGGUUCUGUGGAGGCCUUCAGACACAAUGGCCCCGUGCACAUACUCUCUGGAGAGGCGAGCAGAGGGUGAGACCAACUGGCUGAUUGUGGCCACUGGGAUAGCAGACUGUUAUUACAAUGUGACUGACUUACCAGCAGGGGGCACCUUCAGAUUCAGGGUGGCAUGUGUCAACAAAGCUGGCCAGGGCCCCUACAGCAACCUCUCAAAGGUCUUGAGCAUGGAUCCCUCAGAACCAGCUAAAUCCAGUGCCACAGUAGUGGUGAAGACUGUUCCUGCAACUUCUCCUCCUCCCCCUGCUGUGAUGAUGUCAUCCAUGAAAGUGCCUCCCAUGAAACUAGCUCCCAGUAAAUCCACAACAGUGACGAAUGCCCAACUUGCCCCUCCAUCAACAUCAGCUCCCGCCCCAUCUUUGGUUAAAUCUGCCUCUCCAGUAACCAUCAGUCCUGCUGUUAGUACUGCCCCGGCGGAGCAGGCUCCUGCUAAGACCACAACAACUGCCCAAGCCACGCCAGCCAAAGCCAAGAGCUCUAUUAGCAUCAGUGUGAGCAAACCCCAGACAAAGCUGACACCGCCGCCUGUUGUUCCACCCAAACCUCAGAGUCCAGUACAUACUGUCCCCCAGUUGACCAACAAACCUCCCUCCCCUGUACCACCACCUGCACCUAUCAUAGGGAAGCCUAUUUCAUCUGUGCCAAUGUAUGUGCCAGCUGCUACAGCUCGUGCUACUCCACCUUCCCAAACUACUUCCACCCCAACAACUACCACCCCUUCAGUCACUCCCGCAACCAUCUCCCCACCUGUGGUGGUGGUGCAGAGCUUGACACCCGUGUUGCAAGGAGGGGACACCCACACUACCCCAUCUGGACGGAUCACUCCAUCAGGACGGAUCACACCAUCAGGACGUAGGACCCCACUGGGGAAGCCUGGAGAGGGAUCUCUGCGUCAGGGAGUUCCACAGAAACCCUAUACAUUCAUGGAUGAGAAAGCAAGAGGUCGGUUUGGUGUGAUCCGUGAAUGUCGGGAGAACGCCACAGGCAACCUUUUCAUGGCUAAGAUUGUUCCAUAUGAGGCUGACAGCAAGCAGGCAGUGCUGCAGGAAUAUGACAUUCUCAAGUCGCUUCAUCACGAAAGGAUCAUGGCUCUACACGAAGCCUAUGUCACACCACGCUACCUGGUGCUUAUCUCUGAGUACUGCAGUGGGAAGGAGCUGCUCUACAGCCUUAUAGAUAGAUUCCGUUACUCGGAGGACGACGUGGUAACCUAUGUCGUGCAGAUCCUCCAAGGUUUGGACUACCUCCACGCUCGACGCAUCCUCCACCUGGACAUCAAGCCGGACAAUAUCAUUGUCACCUAUAUGAAUGUCAUCAAGAUCAUUGACUUUGGCAGUGCCCAGACAUACAACCCUCUCUUCCUGAAGCAAUUCAGUCCUCCUGUUGGAACACUGGAGUACAUGUCUCCAGAGAUGUUGAAAGGGGAUGUUGUGGGCCCUCCAGCUGACAUCUGGAGUGUAGGCGUGCUUACUUUCAUCAUGUUGAGCGGCAGGUCGGCUUUCAUGGAUAAUGAUCCUCAGGAGACUGAAGCCAGAAUCCAGGCAGCAAAGUUUGACCUCUCUAAACUUUACCAGAAUGUGUCCCAAAGUGCCUCUCUGUUUCUUAAAAAGAUCCUCUGUAGCUACCCCUGGGCCCGUCCAUCCAUCAAGGACUGCUUCAGCAACUCCUGGCUUCAAGAUGCCUACUUGAUGCGCCUUCGUAGGCAGACUCUUACCUUUACAACCACCCGUCUCAAGGAAUUCUUGGCUGACCAGCAGCGCAGGCGAGCAGAGGUGGCAACCAAGCACAAAGUUCUCCUGCGGUCUUACCAGAGCUCGCCACAAACCCCCACUAGCCCUGCCACACCGAAUGUGCCAGUAUCACCCACUGCACCUGUCACCUAGUGAAAAGAACUUCCACACACCAUUUUGGCAGGACUUCAUGGUGGGAAUGGGGGGCAAACAUCCUCCAAGCGAGAUAAAACUUGAGGCUACAGUGAGGUAGUCCCUCCAGGUCUGACUUGAACUUGAUCAGAAGAAGAAAAACUCACAAAACCAGCAAUGGCUGUGAUCUACAGAAACAUAAUUUCUAUUUCUUAUCUGGUUCUAAAAGAGAAUCUAAUGCAUUAAGGGACUCUGUGAAAGAGCCUGACUGCAUUUUGUAUACCGUGAACCUUGUUCAUACAGGGCAGGAUGUUCUCUUCAAGCUAGUACCUCAAGGUUUGUAACUUUGCAAACAUUUUUGAAUUAAUUCCUUUCUUACUGUUGGCUGAACAUUGUAAAGAGAGGAAAAACAAAUACAGUGUGGUAACCGGCCAUAAUUUAGUAGAAAAGCUCAUUUAAUUCCUCAGCGAAAAGCUCUUAGCACAACUUUAAAAUAAGGGAUAAUCCACACAAUUAAAAGUACAUAUUGAAACAACUGAUACCUUUGUCACUGGAGCACAUCUAAAAUAGUAGUCUAUAGUUUGAUAUUCUAAUGUUUCCUGACCAGAAUUUUUAAUGCGCUAUCAUCCCAUUGCAUCACAUAAUGCUGUUUUUGUCAAAUGCUGCCAGCAUCUCUCUGUUGCACAGAGGCAGGGAUGGUAUUGGCCAUAGAGAGGUAGCAGUUGUGUUUCAGAGAUAUUAGGUAUUAGGAUGGAGGUGUUGCAAUGGUAGGAGACCCAGGUUCACGUCAGAUUGAAACUUGUAGUAAACUCGUGUUUACUACAUGGUUUUGCUUUUUUUUCCACUUGCUGAUUUGUUUUGGGUGUGGUGGUGCAGUGGGUAGCACUGUCACCUCACAGCAAGAAGGUUCAAACUUCCUUGUCUUUGACUUUCUCUGUGAAAUUCUCAUCUUCGCCAUGUUCCUGCAUGGGUUGCCUUGGCUAUUUUAAAUUUGCUACAGUAGUAGAUGUGAGAGUGUGUUCCACAAACCCAAGUUGGAUAAGCAGUUAAGAAGAGGGAUGGCUGAAUUUUCUGGUUAAGUUUAGUUUCGGGGUAAGAAAAAUGACUGGCAAGGUGGAGCUGUGGUUAGCAUGGUUGCUUCACAGCAACAAGGUUCUGAGUCUGAAUCUGCCAUCAUUCUAUGUGGACUGUGUGUUCUGCCUGAGCCUACUUGGAGUUUCUCCGGGUACCCCUACAGAUGUUUCUUCCCACAGCCCAAAAUAAGUAGUUGAGAAAAUGGAUGGGUGAUGGGUAAAAUAUACGUAACAUUAACCCUGGAUGUUGAAAAAUGAGUUCGGAGUGUCAGUCAUGUCUCAGAAAGGCCACAGUGCAGUGUAUCAGGGCACAGAUGCUGAACAAUGCCUUGUGUGUAACGCAGCGAUGUCUGCAGCUUUGACAAAACAGCAUUAAUGAAAGCCAAGGUAAGGAGAGAGGGUUGUAAAUGCACUGAAUUAUGUCUAAUUCUGUGUCCUUGAUUUAAACAAAAGUCACUCUCCAAACCCACAAACUAGUUUAAGGAAUUGUAGUGGUAUCAUUGUGCUGUUGGCACUUCAGUGAUUUUAAAGAUUGUAGCAGUUCCAGAAAGUUUUUGUUUGUUUGUUUGUUUGUUUUUAAAAAUAUGUACUGAGUUAAGAGGAAACUGGUGGCUUCUCUACAAGGGCUAUUAGAAUAGGAACUUGUCUGCAUUUUCCCCUUUCCUUGUGUUCUUAGACAGCACGGUAAUGAUGAUCUCAUUCUCAAAAGCAGAAUUUACUUUUUAAAUUUCUUAUUCCGUUGUCAUCUUUGAGCUUCCAUAUAAAACUGUUUUCCUCCCAGUGAUAAUGUGGACAGUUUUGCAGGGCAAAUAGGCAUUCGUUUCUUCACCACAGAUAAGAUGUCAUUGGCUUCAAGUAAACUCUUCCACUCAAACCGCAGCGAGAUACCUAAGCCACGAAGAGAUAUUCAUAUCUGAGUUUUACAAAACAACUUUAAACAUCUGUAAUGAAGUUUUCCUAAGAUCAAAAACACUUAAUCACAUCUGAAAAAAUUCAGGGGAUUAAAGGGAAACUGAAGCAUUUUAGAAACCCACCGGGGUAUUCGGGUUCCCCAAAGUGCCCUUAAAGAGCAUUAAUCAGCAAAAAAUAAAAAUUAAAUAAUAGACGUUACUGAGUGUAUUAGUCCUUAUUUUAGUGUUUUUAAUUGCCAACAGCUACUGCUUUGAGAAAGCAGUUUGCUUCAUUGUUUUUAAAGAAAUGCAGGCUUAACUGGCAAAACCUUUGUUUAAUAUAAAUAAACACUUAAAACAGUUAUAAUUAGCAUUAAAUUGAACAUAAAUUAUGUAUAGCCUCAAUUAUAUGUUUCCAUGCUAUACAAGCAUGCAAGACACCAUAAGCACUAAUCCAAGCAUAAAUUCAUCAUAUGAGCCCCUGGAGACCAUAAUAAACAUCAGAUCACAGAAAGUAAAACCUUUAGAAAAUCUAGUGGUUCUCAAAAUGUGGGGCAGGCCCCAAUGCUGUGGCACAGAGCCACUGCAGGAGGCUCUAUAAAAUAUGGAGUGAAACUAAGUUAAUUCAAUAUUAUUUAUGAAAAAAAUGCAAGAGUUUGCAGAUACAACUGUGCAUCUACUCACUCAUUUAUUUCAUUGAAGUUGAAAUAACUGAAAUGCAAACUUUCUCAAGUGGGGCAUGCCAGAAAAAGUUGUCUAUAAAAGAUAUAUUUAAGUAUGGAUAUCCAUAAAUAUGCAGAUCUAAGUAUAUGUUUUAAAUAUAAUAUAUACAGUAAAUACUGAAAACCAGGCCAUUGUUUGUCAUAACAAGAAUGUUAAUGAGAAGGCUCUGUAACUGCUUUAUUUUCAGAGAAACAAUAUAAUAAUAUUCCGAACAUUUGUUUGGAAUCUGUCCUCUUAGAGUCAGCACAUUGGCUCUAGCACUAAACUGAACACAGAUUCUAUCAUUUUAUGGCACAUCAAAGGCUAAUUUGCUUUUUUAUAAUAUAUGUUUUCCCCUUUGGGGGUAAACUGAGUUUUCAGACCAGCACGUUUGAUUUUUGAUGCUGUUGCUUUCAUAUGUACUGAUAUCAAGCACAGAUUUGCUCACUUAACUCAAAGUGUAACACUGAUGAUAGUUUAGAUCCAUUUGUGGACACAUUCAGUUUUUCGGGUGUUUAAAAGCUGCUUCAUACAUAAAAUCAUGAGUUGUUUUAAUGUGUAUUAACUGACAAGUAGUUGGUAAUUCUAUGAAAUUAUUUUACUACUGCUUUAUUGUCUAAUGCUAUUGCUAGAUAAAUACUGCCCUUCUGCAGCUCUUGUCUUCUUUGGCUCCUUUGCCUAUGCAGAGUAUAGUCACUGAGGGAGUUUUUUCAAACCCGAAUGAAAACAUGCAAGUGCAGCAUGAAAUGCAAUGUUGCAUUAAAUCCUAAAUGUCUGUGCAAUAUAUAGUAAAUUUAUUUGUUCAUCUUUUAAAUAAAAUGACAGCUGUUUGUAAGCAGAGGA